CGUAGACGCAUUCACUUUUUUCAGAUGUCCCCAAUUUAGGGUGUUUCAGAAAGAAAGCCUCUUCGGGUUCGUCGGAAAAAAACUACACAGAAAAUUCGACGUCACACCGGAGAAACAGAAACAGAGAAAGCAAAACCAAUCUCAACCCACAAAACACAAAAACAUUUUCUGGCACUGUUAUUGUUGAUAAGACCUGGGACGUGAUACAGUCAUGGCUGAGAGCACUGAAGUAGAUGAGCGGGUUGAUCUUGAUGAGGACAAUUACAUGGAAGAGAUGGAUGAUGAUGUCGAAGAGCAGCUAGAUGAUGAUGGAGAAGACGAAGGUGGAGAUGGAAAUGUUGAAGAAAACAAAGAUGAAGAAUAUGAUUACUCAAAAACUGGGGUUGGUGAGAAAGAUCAAUCCCCAGAUGCAAAUAGACGUCACAUUGAUUCUGAACAUGUGGAAGAGGAAGAGAAGUCCACUACUUCCAUCAAUGAAGCGGAGAAGGAAAAGCAUGAACAACUUCUUGCCCUUCCUCCACAUGGAUCUGAAGUUUUUAUUGGUGGACUUCCGAAGGGUGCAUUGGAAGAGGACCUGAGGGAUUUGUGUGAACCAAUAGGUGAAGUUUUUGAGGUGAGGUUAAUGAAAGACAAAGACAGUGGAGAAAGCAAGGGUUUUGCAUUUGUAGCAUUCAGAUCAAAAGAGGUUGCCAAAAAGGCCAUUGAAGAGUUACACAGUAAAGAAUUUAAGGGUAAAGUAUUAAGAUGUUCUCUGUCAGAAAAUAAGAACAGAUUAUUUGUUGGUAAUGUUCCUAAGAGCUGGACUGAGGAUGAGUUCAGAAAAGUAAUUGAGGAUGUUGGUCCUGGAGUUGAAAAUAUUGAGCUCAUAAAGGAUCCUCAAAAUCCUACACGAAACCGUGGUUUUGCAUUUGUUUUGUACUACAAUAAUGCCUGUGCUGAUUAUUCAAGGCAGAAAAUGACAAGUGCAAACUUUAAGCUGGAUGGCAAUACCCCAACUGUCACUUGGGCUGAUCCAAAGGGUACACCUGAUCACUCCGCAGCUGCUGCACAGGUUAAGGCACUUUAUGUGAAAAACAUACCUGAAAACACUUCUACUGAGAAACUAAAAGAACUAUUUCAGCGGCACGGGGAAGUGACAAAAGUUGUUAUGCCUCCUGGAAAGUCUGGUAAACGGGAUUUUGGGUUUAUCCAUUAUUCUGAAAGGUCCAGUGCACUAAAGGCUGUCAAAGAAACAGAAAAAUAUGAGAUUGAUGGCCAGUUGUUGGAGGUCGUCCUUGCAAAACCUCAGGCUGAUAAAAAACCUGAAGGAGUUUAUCCCUAUAGUGCUGGGGUCCAUUCAACCCAUCUACCUCAGACUGGGUAUGGUGGCUUUGCUGGGAACCCAUAUGGUGCUGUAGGUGGUGGAUUUGGUGUUGCUGGUGGUUUCCAACAGCCCAUGAUAUAUGGUAGGGGGCCCAUGCCAACAGGGAUGCAUAUGGUGCCAAUGGUCUUACCAGAUGGUCGAAUUGGCUAUGUUCUUCAGCAGCCCGGAGUUCAAAUGACACCUCCUCGACCUCGGAGAGUUGAUAGGAGUGGUGGAAGUAGUAGUGGUGAUGAUGGCAACCGAGGCAGAAGAUAUCGACCCUAUUAGUAGGAGAGUGUAGGAACAUGUAGUUUUUCAGGAAAUGAAAGUACAUUAUAUAUGGACGACUAGUUACACAACAAAUAACAAAUUAUGUCCCUCCCAAGCUGCACCCUAUCCUCAGCCCUUUUUCUUCCUUGAACUUUCUUUCUCCCCUUAACCAUAAGCUUUUAUGAAUUGAGAGUGGAGGAAAAGGAUGCUAAGGAGCAGGAAAGUAAGUGCCUCAUAACUUAAAUGUGUAGGAGAUGACUGAUAGUUGAGUAAUUUUUUUCUUUUUCAUAUUUGAUUUUGUUUCUUGGUAUUGUUUAUUUAUUGACUCCCGGUUAGCUCUUGUUUUGAGUUGUGCAACCUCUAUUCCACAUGCAAGUACAACUUUGGCUCUAUGCA